UGCACGAGAUGCUUAGUGGUUCUUAGUGGGGUAGCACGGGAGCUUGGGGCUUGUAUGUACGUAAUAGCGUGCUGUAGCCUGUAGAUACAGGAGAAGCUAGGCCCCUGUCUUAGAGGGGCAGUACCUACAAGGGUAUCUCACCUAAAAGGUAGAUUCAAAGGUCACAUUCUCGACCAUUCAAUCAGACCGAUCGUCGGCUCAAUUCGACCAAACCCCACGGAGAGACCACACCUAUUUGUCGAGGAGAUUGCCGUCGCCCUGGGUCCAUCUCAGUGCGGAAGGUCAAUGGUGUGAUUUACACCCUGUAUAUCGGCAUCUUUAUCUUUGAGAGCCGUAGUAGAUAAGGUCUGUCUGGUCUCCUUAUAUGAUAUCUAAGUGAGUAUAGGAUGGAAUCCUUCAUGCACUUGGCUCAUUUCUGGUUGUGUUCGGUCUUUGUGUAAAUGAUGAUUCUUCCACUUACGUUGGUGGCAGGCCUGUUACCCGCCUAUGCUUUCGCCCAUACUAAACUCGACCGUGCUGCCCAGCUGGUUACUAAUGAACAAAAUGCUCCUUUCAAAUGCGAACUUUCCCCUUUAGUUGAUCCUUCGGGUGAUGGCCUGUCUGAAGCUCGAGACAUCUUCGCCGGCGAGGAUGCCUUAAAACUCCAAGUCGAGAGGCACGCUGCCAUUGUUAGAAUACCCUCCAUCUCAUAUGACGAUAAUGGUGAACCUACCGAGGAUCCGCGAUGGGAAAUUUUCUAUACCCUACACGACACCCUUAAAACACUAUAUCCGAAUGUUCACCAGCGGAUGACUCGGGAAACGGUGAAUACGCUAGGAUUGGUGUACACGAUCAAAGGGACAGACUUGUCACUCAAACCACUCAUGCUUGCGGCUCAUCAGGAUGUUGUACCUGUUGCAGAUGCUUCGACGUGGUCAUAUCCUCCAUUUUCCGGUCAUUUUGAUGGCCAGUGGCUCUGGGGCCGAGGAUCAUCCGACGAUAAGAACAGCCUGACUGCGUUAAUGUCUGUCCUCGAAACCCUGCUAGGCAACGCUGGUUGGGUUCCGAAAAGAACCGUAAUCUUGGCUCUUGGAUUUGAUGAAGAAUGUUCCGGGCGUCGUGGCGCGGGUACGAUUGGACCGUACCUGGAGAAUGUAUAUGGGCCGAACUCAAUGGCUUUGGUGCUUGAUGAAGGCGGCAUGGGACUGGAGCUUCUCGGUAACGACACUUUAUACGCGCUGCCCGCUGUGCUGGAAAAGGGGCAUAUUGAUGUUUGGGUUGAACUGCAUGUCAACGGAGGACACUCUUCGAUCCCGUUUCCUCAUACCGGCAUUGGCAUUGUGUCUGAGAUAGUGACACAGCUUGAGGCCCACCCCUGGAAACCAAAACUUAUCGAGGGCUCUCCUAUUCAUAAACAUUUCAUCUGCCAGGCGAAGUACUCGCCAAAGUCCUCGCCAAAGAUCACCAAGCUCAUUGAGGAGGGUGACUUGGAGAGCUUGGCCAGCGAACUUGCCUCAAUCGACCGUUCGACGCAUUACCGUCUACAGACUUCGCAAGCGGUAGACUAUUUUCUCGGCGGUGUCAAGAUCAAUGCGAUGCCUGAAUAUGUCAAGAUCGGCGUGAAUCAUCGCAUUGCGCCGCAAGACUCCAUUCCCGCAGUUAAGAGCAACAUUCUACAGCAAAUCAAACCAAUUGUCAAGAAGUUCAGCUUAACAGUCAAAGCCUUUGAGGGUGAGGAGGAAAAUCCCGAUUUCGACUUCAGCGAGACCCUAGACGAGGCGUCUAUCGAGCCAAUGUACGAAGUUGAAUACAAUGGCACACUUGUACUCACCUCGUCCCAGCUGACACACGUCACCCCAGUAUCGCCUACAACUGGAGCGGUCUGGGACGUCUUUUCGGGAACCAUUCAGCAUAGCUUCGCCUUUGAUGGUGGCAGGGUUGUGCCUGUAGGAGAACUGAUGACUGGCAAUACUGACACGCGACAUUAUUUAAACUUGACGCCCAAUAUCUAUCGCUGGAACCCUGUGCGCCAAGGCGGUGGUCUCAACGGCCAUACAGUAGACGAGAGAGUUGAUAUGGAGAGUCAUUUGGAGAUGGUGAGAUUCUACUAUGACUUGAUCAGGAACUUUGAUGCUUCAAAAGCUGCUUCGAUUGAGAAAGUAGGCGAUAUCGGUGAACUUUGAUUCGUCCAUUUCAUAUUCAAUACACCCAUAAGAUCCAAGAAGCUUUUA